UAACUUCGCGGAUGAAUAGUGCGGUGAAAGCGUCGUCAAUAGCGUCGAUUUGUAUAGGUUAUGUUGUAUUGUGCUGUUAGUCGGUUAGUUCGUGACUCGAGCCAGAAAACCAAGUUGACAACGUCAGUGUAGAAGUUAUGAGUGUAUGAUAAUCGCCGAGACUUUUAUAGGCUACUACAAUGUCUGGCGGCAUGCUUUAUGGUGGCGACGAGAUCGGAGCGCUCGUCUUCGACUUGGGUCAUCACUCGUUGCGGGUCGGUUACGCGCAAGAAGAUACUCCAAAGGCUGAGAUUCCCGCAGUUGUCGGCGUAGGUGAAGAUCCGGGUGCUACGACAGUGACAAAGAACGAUGCCAUGGAUAUAGAUGACAAGAAACCUGAUGGUAACAUCACUCAGUCAGGUAACAAGUAUUACGUCGACACGACGAUACUUCACGUACCUAGAAAGGGAAUGGAAGUCGCUAGCUACAUGAAGGAUGGAAUGAUUGAGGAUUGGGACCACUUUGAAAAGAUUUUGGAUUACACGUAUGCCAAAGUGAUACAAUCUGACGCCGAAUAUCAUCCUGUAUUAUUUUCUGAAUCUCCGUGGAACGUUCGUAGCAAGCGAGAAAAGCUAACUGAAUUGAUGUUCGAGAAAUAUAAUGUCCCGGCUUACUUUUUGGUAAAAAAUGCUGUGCUGGCAGCGUUUGCUAACGGUCGAGCCACGGGUAUUGUAGUGGACAGUGGAGCUACACACACUUCAGCUGUACCGGUUCAAGAUGGUUUUGUUUUAACUCAAGCCAUCGUCAAAUCACCUCUCGGCGGAGAUUACAUAAGUAUGCAAUGCAGACAAUUCCUACAGGAGCAGGAAAUUGACUUAUCGCCAUCGUACUUGGUGGGCAGUAAAGAAGUCGUGAAGGACCAAGAGAAGCCUAAAUGGGUGAAGAAGAAGGCAUUGCCAGAGGUAACAAAGUCAUGGCAUAAUUACAUGGUCAAAAAACUUGUCCAGGAUUUUCAAGCGACGGUUCUUCAAGUCUCAGAAACACCCUACGACGAAAAAAUGGUCUCUUCCGUACCUGCUGUUCAAUACGAGUUUCCAACUGGCUAUCAUCGGGAUUUCAGCACAGAGCGUUUCCGUAUUCCAGAAGCGUUAUUCGAUCCCAGCAUGGUUCAGAUGCGGGGUGGUGGAGUUGGAAAUACGAUGCUCGGAGUCGGACACAUUGUGACAACCAGUGUCGGAAUGUGUGAUGUCGACGUAAGGCCGGCUCUUUACGGUAGCGUCGUUGUAACUGGUGGGAAUUCGUUUAUACAGGGAUUUCCAGAAAGGUUGAACAGAGAUCUGUCCAUGAGGAUUCCAUCCAGUAUGCGAUUAAAAGUGAUAAGUGCUAACGGCUGCGCAGAGAGGAGGUUCGGAGCAUGGAUUGGAGGUUCUAUCUUGGCGUCGAUUGGAACGUUUCAACAGAUGUGGAUUUCAAGUCAGGAGUAUGAGGAGAGUGGAAAAAGUCAAGUUGAAAGGAAGUGUCCUUGAUUUGUAAAUCAAAUAUUAACGUUUUUCUAACUACCUCUACUUGCGAAUAGGUGAUUGAAUUCCGUGAGUAAAGCAAUCGAAGAUACAGGCUCAGAGUUGUAUGAGAGUUAUAUUAUAAAACUAAUGGUUUUGGUGUCGACAAAUUUUAAAACUAUCAGGUUAUUCUGUGUUUAAAAUGUUUCUCAAUUUAUUUAAAUUCAAAGGUUUUACAGUUACUUCAUUCUUCUUUAAUUUCACGAUAAUCAUUGUACAGACUCUCAUUCCUGUAAGUCGUGCGAUAGAAACUUUUCAAAUAAUAUUUUUACCAGCAGAGUAUAAUGAUAAACAGAUUGUGUGGAGAUAUUUUCAACGUUCGUCGUGUACCGCUGACAUUUUUAUAAUAUAAUAAAACAAAAUCUCUUGAAGUGAGAAUAUUCCCACAUGAUUUUCGCUCCCUUUAACUUGUUUCACUGAAAGCUCAACGUUUCUUCUUGCUUUUUUUCUUUUGAAGCUCAGGCCAGGGAAAUCCUCGAUAUUUGAGAACGUCCAUGAUGUUGUGACAAGUGUAAUAAGCGUUAUCCAUCAUUUCCUCAUUGAAUAUAUCCAUCCCAAAUCGAGAUUUUCCCGCACUCUUUUUCGAACUGCGAGAACUCUUUUUUGGUCCUUUUCCAUUUUUGCCUGCAGAACCUCCAGACUUCUCCUUGGCCUUACGGUCUCCCCCUUUUUUCUUCUUUGAUUUUCCUUUUGGCUCCAUGUUUAAACAUUCAUUGAUUAUAUUUAUAUCGUUUAUCGGGAAAUAAACAAUUUAUGAAC